AUGUUCAAGGAGGAGCACGAGGUGAUCAACAUGGGGGCGCCCCGGCACCCCGGGACCGUGAUGUCCACCGUGGUCAACGUCCAGACGGACACGGUGGUGCCCGACCACAUCGUGUGGUCCCUGUUCAACACCCUCUUCUUCAACCCCUGCUGCCUCGGCUUCGUGGCCUUCGCCUUCUCCGUGAAGUCUAGGGACCGGAAGAUGGUGGGGGACGUGAUGGGGGCCCAGAGCUAUGCGUCCACCGCCAAGUGCCUCAACAUCUGGGCCGUGAUCCUGGGCCUCCUGAUGACCGUCGGACUCAUCGUACUGCUGGUCAUCCUGCUCCCGGGAGCCAUCGGUUCAGUGCAGAAAAACUACGGAGGUCGCUUCUAG